AUGCCUGAGAUGAACUGGGAUCUUUUAAAGUCUAGAAUUGAUAAUAUUAAACGUAACAGUAACACGUUAAAUAAAUUUCUAAUUAGGUUUGAAGACCUUAUUAAUGAUUAUUGGCAAUUUAAUGAUGCACAAUUAUCUAAACACAUAUUCCAAUCAGUUCAAGAAAAACUCAUAGAUAAAGCAGAAAUAUUAGUAGGUAAUCGUGCUGAGUUAACAGAUUGGACGAGAUUGAAAGAAGCCCUGAUUCAGUGUUUCGCUGAUCGUAGAAAUAUUGACUGUUUAGUACAAGAACUCACUAGAAUGAAACCAUUUAGGAACGAACCAUUGAUGAACUUUGGAAGUCGAAUUCAAUUAUUAAGAAGUAGUAUAGCGCAGAAAAUUAGUAAUAAUCCUAACAUAACUAACGCGGAGAAAGUGUGCCAAAUAAACCAUUAUGAUAAAACUGCACUUAGUACUUUUAUAGCAGGUUGUAGUGGUACCUUAAGAAAUAACUUGCAUCCAGCCUCACUGGAAGAUGCAAUGGCCUAUCUGAACGAAUUUGAAAACUUUGAAAAAUUAUAUGGCAAUCUAAAUGACAAUAACCGAGCAACGACGUCCAGAUUUAAUAGUAAUUAUCGACAACUUUAUUCACAACCAACAUACUAUCCUGAAAACCAAACACAACCCUCUUUCCAACAACCCUAUCAUUCCGUUGACAAUAAUAAACCAGUCAAUCAAUUCCCCAGUCAACCUAUUAACAUCCAACCUAGACAAAUGCCCCCUAGACAAAUGCCCCCCAGACAAUACCCGACGAACAAACAAAAUUCAAAUUUUACUUCCGAAGAGCUAUUCACAAACGAUUACGACCAAUCAGACGAACAACAUUACUAUCAGAACCAAAAUACGGACGAUAAUGACCAAAAUCAAAUCAAAUAA